AUGGCGAAGACGGAUCUGUUCUCAUUCCCACAUUCCUUCAUGACUGGCCUCUGGUGGAAUGAGGUAGCAGCUGAAGCAGAGCAGAAAAUGAAGAUUAGAUUCAAAAUCGGAAGUGGGGUCUUUGAGGACUUGGUCGUAUGUGCAUACUCAAACUUAGCACGUUGCUUGAUAUGGGACAGUGCAAGCAGCACAGGGAAGUUGGCUUCACUGAGCAGCAGUUCUGUGUCAAGCCGUCGACCAGGUGCUGAGAAUAGACAUCAGUCACGCAUGGUUCCUGUCCUCAACAGGAAACAUAAUGUAACGCUGCACAGGGUGAUUCAUGGCAAACCAGAGCUUAGACUUAUCGGCUCUAAUAUUGCCCGCUUCAACCUAGCCUCCAUAGUGACUGUGACAGCUAUUCAGAUUUCUAAAGAAAAGGUGAAAUGGUCCAAGCAGGAGUACUCGCAGCAAGGUGGAGCACCUGGCCAGUCUAGUGCUUCUCCAAGGCUGGGCUUAGGGACGCUGAGCUCCAUGGAUGAAGGGGCUGCCAUUGCUGUCGUGCUGCUGGCCACCUGCACCCUGGGAACACAGGCACAGAGCCAGGUGUACUUGCAGGAGGAGUUUGAAGACGGGGAUGGAUGGAAAAAAUGAUGGGUGGAAUUUAAACAUAGGCCAGAUUAUGCAAAAUUUCAGCUCACUGCAGGAAAAUUUUAUAGAGACAAAGAAAAGGACAAAGGUCUCCAGACCAGUGAAGAUGCCAAAUGUUAUGCCCUCUCAACCAGGUUGAAGCCAUUCAGCAAUGAGAAUGAGACCUUGGUGGUUCAGUUUUCAGCAAAACAUGAGCAAAACGUUGACUGCGGUGGUAGGUAUGUGAAACUCUUUCCUGACACCCUGAACCAGGAGGAUAUACAUUCAGAAUCUGAGUACUACACCAUGUUUAGCCCUGACAUCUGUGGCUUUGGCAACAACAAAGUACAGGUCAUCCUUCAUUACCAAGGAAAAUAUCAUGAGAACAACAAGACCAUCAAGUGCAGGCUGAUCAAUAACAAGCAAGUAGCCGCUGGGGAUCGGGAAGGUAGCUGGGACUUCCUGCCUCCCAGGAAGAUCAAGGACCCCUGUGACCGAAAACCAAGGACAUGGGAUGAAUGUCUGCAAAUAGAAGAUCCUGAAGAUAGUAAACCUGAGGACUUUGAAUACAUGCCAGACCCAGAUGCCAAGAAGCCAGAUGACUGGAAUGAAGCGAUAGAUGGGGUGUGGGAAGGGCCCUUGAUACCAAACCUGAAGUAUAAAGGACAAUGGAAACCUCGGAUCAUUGGCAAUCCCAAUUACCAGGGGGAGUGGAUUCAUCCAGAAAUAGACAACCCUAAAUAUAAGCCAGACCCCACCAUUUGUCGCUAUUAUAACAUCAGUGCUCUCGGCCUGGACCUUUGGCAGGUGAAAUCAGGCAGCAUCUUUGAUAAUUUCCUUCUUACAAAUGAUGAAGAGUUUGCCAAAGAAGUUGGAAAUAAGACCUGGGAAAUAAGAAUAGAUGUAGAGAAGCAAUGCAGAGAACUGUAUGAAGAGAUGGAAAAGAAACAGGAAGAAGAAGCCAAGAAGAAAACGGAAAAGGAGGAGGAAAGGGAAGAUGACAUCUGGGCAAUUAAAGAAGAGGGAAGUGAAGAGGAUUUUGCUGAGGAACCUGGAAAUGACAGGCAGAUGAAGGAAGAUGAUGCUGAAAGAGCAUUUCUGGGUAAAAAAUGAAGAAAUCCUUAUUGACAAGAAGGAUGAACAGUAACUGGGUAAAAUGGUCACACUCAGAGGCAAAUGAUGUUGCUUACAAGGAGAAAUUUUCGUGAGGUUGGCAAA